AUGUCGUUCAGAGGAGCUCCGCGAGGUCGCGGAGGGUUUGGUGGCCGGGGUGGUGGCCGAGGCGGCUUCCAACAACGCGAUUUCGGCCCACCAGCCGAGGUGCAGGAGAUGGGCAAGUUCCUCCACUCAUGCGAGGGCGAGAUGGUCUGCGAGAGCAUCAACCCUCGAGUCCCCCAGUUCAACGCGAUCAUGUACCUCGAGAACAAGACCUCCGUCGGUAAGAUAGACGAGGUGCUCGGCCCGAUCAACCAACUCUUCUUCACGAUAAAGCCCUCCGAGGGCAUCCAGGCCUCCAGUUUCAAGCCUGGCGACAAGUUCUACAUCGACGGCAUGAAGACCCUGACUAUGGACCGCUUCCUGCCCAAACCCAAGCCACUGGCCGGUCUUCCCAAGGUCAAGAAGCCCAGCCGCGGCGGCGCCGGUGGACGAGGAGGCGCGAGGGGUAGGGGAGGCUUUGGAGGUCGCGGUGGCUUCGGAGACCGCGGUGGCCGUGGAGGGUCAAGGGGUGGCAGCUUUGGAGGCCGGGGCGGUGGCCGUGGAGGUGGUGGAUUCGGCGGACGAGGCAACUCGGGCUCAGGCGGUUUCUCACGAGGCGGCGGCCGUGGUAGGGGUGGCUUCAGCAGGGGACGCGGCUAG